AUGUUUGACAUUAUUAAGAGAGGUCACGUUUCACCUGGUCAUGGUGGUCGCGAUAAAAUGAUGAAGGUUUUGAAGAAAUAUGCCAAUGUUACCCGUGAGGCAGUAGAAUUGUACAAAUCACUUUGCAUAGAAUGCCAGAAAAAACGUAAACGCAGACCCAUCCUAUCCAAGGACUUUGGAUCACGAGGUCAGGUUGACCUUGUUGACAUGCAGUCUAUGGCGAGUGGUUCAUACAGAUGGAUAAUGGUCUACCAGGAUCAUCUCACUAAGUAUUGUGUAUUGCGUCCAUUAACAUCAAAACGUGCAGCAGAAGUUGCCUUUCAGCUGAUGGACAUUUUUCUAUUACUUGGUGCACCUCAGAUUUUGCAGAGUGAUAAUGGCAGUGAAUUUACUGCAUCCGUUAUCACGGAGCUGACGCUUCUAUGGCCUGACCUUCUGAUGGUUCAUGGUAAGCCCAGACAUCCUCAAAGUCAAGGCUCAGUGGAACGAGUAAACUGUGACGUGAAGGACAUGCUCACUGCAUGGUUAGGGGACAAUAACUCAACAGACUGGCCAAUGGGACUUCGUUUUGAACAAUUCCAAAAGAACAGCAGCUACCAUUCUGGAAUCAAACAAUCACCAUACAAAGCCUUGUUUGGAACUGAAGUCAAAGUUGGAUUGCGUUCCAAUACCCUUCCAACAGAAAUUCUCGAAAGAAUGGUCUCUGAAGAUGACCUUAUUGCAGCAUAUGCCACCCCACCAGAAGACCAGGAGACAGCAGACACAGAAGAAGUUCCUGAUGCACAGCUAAGAACUAUUCAUCAUAACAUCUAA